AAUGGCAACACUUCUCACAUGAAUUGUAAACAUCAUGGCUAAUGAAAGUGUUGCUGUUGUAACACCUGGAGAUUGUAUAUGCAUUGCGAAUGAAAAUUGUACAUCGGGUGAUGGUACUUAUUGUAUAGGCGAAUAUAUAUUUUCUAGUUUAACUGGAUUUGUUGAUUACAAAGAUGAUAAAAACAAUAGAAUAGUUGAAGUUGAUAAGGGUUUUGAAAGAAGCCUCGUUCCUGUUGUAGGAUCAGUAGUUACAGCUAAAGUAACUGCAAUAAGGCGACGGUUUGCAAAAUGUGCUAUAUAUUGCAUCGAAGAUACGGUCUUAAAAGAACCUUUUCGAGGUGUACUUCGAAAAGAAGACGUGAGAUUGAAAGACAAAGAUAGAGUAGAAAUGUAUAAGUGUUAUAGGCCUGGUGACGUUAUAUUGGCUAAAGUUGCAUCGAUGGGAACUAUGCACUCAUAUAAUCUUACAACGGCUGAAGAUGAACUGGGAGUAGUUUUAGCAACUAGUGAAGCUGGAGCUGAAAUGGUACCUACGAGUUGGUCGGAAAUGAUGUGUACAAAAACAUUCUUGAAAGAACUUCGGAAAGUAGCCAAAGUUGUACCACAGAACUUCACAUCAAAGAAUUUUAAUAAAUUGCAAAAGGAAUUUGAAAUUUCUUAAGAAAUAAAUUUUAUUAUAAAAUUAAA